AUGAAUUCUAUGAUUUCUAAUGAAACGUGGAAUUCAUCUCUUUGGAAUCAAUCACAAAUUUUAUCAUCAUUAUCAUCAUUCCCAUCAUCGUCAUCAUCAUCAUCAUCUUUUUUAGUAGUCACACAAGUUGAUGUUACAGAUUUACAAGUUUAUGUAAUACUUAAGCAUUAUUUACCAAUUCCAAUAUUUAUUGUUAGUAUAUUAUGCAUUUUAGUCACACUGAUUGCAGUUACACAACGUGGUUUAUGGCGAACUACAGUUACAUAUAUUAUUGUAUUAGCUAUUGUUGAUUUAUUCACUUUAAUAUCAUUAUGUAUACUUUCUAUGGAUUUUUUUAUUAUACCAGCUUUACCUGAAGGAUUAUUUACAAGAGUUUAUUUUCUAGUUGAAACAAUAUUGGGUGAAUUAGUUGAUACAUUAUUAUUAAUAUCAAAUUGGUUAACCGUACUUAUUGCUACUGAACGUUAUCUUGCUGUAUGUCAUCCAUUAAAAGUACGUUUUAUCGACUGUAAAUAUCGACGUAUUUUUAUUAUACUUGUUAUUUUCUUUAGUGUAUUAAUCAAACUACCCGGAUUUAUUAUAUUAGGAUUCGCAAAAGAGAUUAAUUCAUCAUAUACUAUUAUAAUAUUGAGAAAGAUUUAUAUCUGGAUAGUACAAAUUUUAUUAUUUUUAAUAAUUCCAUUUAGUAUAUUGACAUUUGUCAAUGUACGUCUAAUACAAACUGUACGUAAUUCAUUACAGUUAAUUAAUCAACGAUGUAAAAAAACAAAUAAAGAAUCCGUUUUAUCUUCAAAUUCUACUCAAAGUGACACUGGAAUAAGGCGUAGAAUUACAUUAUGUUAUCCAUAUUUAUCUUGUUGUAUUUCAUCUACUUCAAAUAAUAUUUAUUCAUUUCAUCAAUGUUCCAAUUCAUUUUAUAAAAUAUUUUGUUGUAAUUGUUUUAAUUUAUCAACGAAACCGGUAAAUAAUUGUCAACUUCAACAUAAUCAACAACAAUCAAAUCAAUCAAAGAGAAUUUCAAAGAAAAAUGAAUUAGUUCAAGUGAAUGAUUCAUCACCAGUAACAAGUCCAACAAGUUUAACAGCAAGUGAACCUACAGGUGCUCAAUUAGGACGUACUCAAAGAGAAGAGAAAAAGAUUACAAUUACAUUAAUUUGUUUAAUUGUAACAUUUUUUAUUUGUCAAGGUCCAUUUGUAUUAACAACUGUUAUUAUGCGUUUUAGUAGUACAGGAUUUUAUUUAUCUGAUACAAAUAAAAUUAUUAAUAACACUUUAUUAUUAUGUAAUACAUUUACAGAUCAAAAUCAUAUUGAAACAAUAACACCAAAUAAACCAUUUGGUUUUGUAGAUUAUAUAAAUCCUAUAUCUGUGAUUGCAUUAGCUUUAAAAAGUGAUUUAUCAUUUUUCUUUUAUUGUUGGUUUUGUGAUCGAUUUUAUUAG